AGGUGGUGGUGGUGGUGCAUGGUGAUCGGGAAAAAUCAUUAUGUUUUCGUGCAAUCAAGGAAUGCUGAGUUGCUUAACAGGACUAAACUAGGUGCGCCCGUGUGCGAGCACCUCCAGAUGUAUUUCUUUUUUGUUUUGGCCUCGCUGAUGGCUGCUUGUGCCACACCGGUGGCACUAGCAUACCUAUCAGCGGGCUUGAAGGAUCAGCUACUGUCGGACGUACUGUUGCGUGAGAUCGUCGAUCGAAUGGGCAAGGACAUAGCCGAGGCGGCCGAUUCGUAUAUUGACCCGAUGGAUGAAUUUCCCGGCCGGCUAGCCAUGAUGGCACGAGCCAGCAAGGAUUUGGAGUCCGAGCAACUGGACUACGAUGCGCUGCUUGAUGGUAAUCCGAAUCCGUCAACGCGAGAUCAGGAGUACCUGCAGCACAGCUCGCUGUGGGGACAUCAGUACGUGUCAGGUGGAGCCGGAGAAGGGCCACAUCGUCCGAAACCACAGGUGAAGACGGACGCUAGCCUUCCCGCGUACUGCAAUCCACCGAACCCAUGUCCGGUAGGUUACACGGAAGACCAGGGUUGUACGAUGGAUUUCGAGAAUACCGCAGCAUUCAGCCGAGAGUACCAAGCAGCUCAGGAUUGCAUGUGUGACGGUGAACAUAUGUUCAACUGUCCAUCCCAGCCACAGAAUGAGGCCAACUCACAGAUGGAUUCCGAUUUGGAGAGUUUCAUCGCUCGUCAAUUCCACACCCAGGAGCACAAGAAUUUGGUUGCAAAGAAGUUUCACGUCAAAAAGAACACUAAUCCGUUCUUGAAGGGUGAAAAACUUCCGAUCGCAGCGAAGAAAGGUUACAACGUGCAAUCCUAAAUUCCACGAGUAGGUACGGCAUCCAAACAGUGGCCGUCAAAUGACAAACGAGACUACCCACCACGCAACAGUACCAACAGGAUACUGACGGAGACGACAAUCUGGCACACUUAACAGGACUACGGCACAAUAUAUAGGUAGAUAUAUGCGUGUAGCUGUAAUUUACCAGACAACUAGUAACUAGCGCAGCUAAUGGUAACCGUUAUAUAGCGAACACAGUUUCCCAUACACAAACAAUCAAUGAUGCAGCCUACGAUACUUCAAAUGAGAUAAAUCCAACUAUAUUUUCCCCAAAUACCACUACUUCAACAGGUGCAUUCUUUCAACCAGUCAAUGACUAUUUAAGCGAAUUAUUCCUUAUAAUGCUUAAAAACCAAAAAAAAAAACGCUUUCUUUCAAAUAAUCGUGAUUAAAUCAACAAUUAUCCAUAUAAUCGAUGAGGUUCGGCAUGAUAAAAAGUUCAUAUGAUAAUAUCAUUGUACUAAUCGGAUUACAGUAAUUGAGAAAAUGAGAUUAAGUGCUGAAAUUUAGCAAAAAUCUGGCGGUCUUAACGACCAAAAAUGUAUUAGGUUGCCCCAAAUUCCCCAAAAAAUUUUUUGUUCGAUCAACAGCGGAUCCUGUAACGAUUGGGUACAAUUUAUCGAAACAAGUAAAACAUACAAUGGAAAUGCAAAAGUGACGCCAAGUUUGAAUUUCCCAUUGGUGCACAGGAGCCGCAAGCAUGAUCCACAGUUUGAAUGCCGCGAAAGCUACGUUCAGAUGACGACACUGAAGCAAGGCGGCUUUAAUGCUAUAAAAAAUCGUGAAAGAAGCUCUCCGUUCGAUAUGAACACACAUACACACAAUCGUAGACAUAUCAUGGAUAAAGCUUCGUUUGAGCAUAAAUUGUAUAAUAUGUGAACUGAUGAUACCGCCGAGCCGGUGGAAUUUCUCUUUCCCAGUAGUUGAUGCUUUUUGGACACUGCUAAAAAUCCUUAACAUAUUGGGAAAAGGUUCGAUCCGCCGCCGGAGAUAAUCGUACAACAUAACAUUAUGGCUAUAUUGAUUCGUUUAUAUAAACGUAGCGAGCUGUAAAAAGCUUUAAAAACCCUUCUUAAAUACUAGAAUAUAAAUAUACAAAAUGAGGCAUUUAUUUUAUCAAGAUACUCUUGAAUCCAGAUGUAAUGUAUAUGAACUAUAAGUUACAAAAUUACAACGAUGAAGUGAAAUCACCUUCAUUCAGACACAGAGAACAAAGAAAAACAUAGAUGAUAAUGGACAGAAAAAAUCUUGUUUGAAACCAACAGAAAAUUUCGACCACAACCAAGUCAACCACAACUGACUAGAAAUUUGACUAUAACUUCUUCGCGCGAGUGUGUAUGUUUCAAGACUGGGGGCCUCUGGUUUGCAUUUACAUUGGCCGGAAAAAACAACAACAGCCUAGCCAGUUCUGAACUGGCUAAUCCAGUCAGUCCAACAUCCACUAAUCGAACCAGAGGUCAGUCAAAAACGUACAAAUUGUUAUAAUAUAAAAUAGGUAAUAACUACCUUGAACAAACUUAAAUAUAAUUAAUAUGAAAAGUGUUUUCAACAACAAUAGAUGACGAAAAUCUGCAUUUAAAGUGAAUAACGGGGAGUCCUCCUCGCGGUAAACGAGAUGACAAUAUUUAACGCAGCCAAAAACCUGUGAAACGUCAAAGGGAAUGUGCAUUGUGUAGACGUGAAGUCAGAGAAAGUAAAAAAAGUGAGAGAGAAGAACAAUAGCUAAACCGCUUCUAGCCGAUUAGCAAAAUAUGAAAAUCUCCACGAACUGUCGUAGAGAAUCUAGUGCAUCGAUAAGAUCAGACAAGAGCAACAACAAAACAAUACAAAUUAAUCCUGUAAAUGUAAAUUUCACUAAAGAGAGCAACAAC